UGGAGGGAUUGAGUGGACUGUUGUUCAAGGCUUGCUGUGGUAGUUCUGGCCCUGACAGGGAUUCUUUAGGUGAAUGGUGGAGCAUAGUGACAGAUGUAAAACUUUGAGCUCACGAAGCUUCUGUUGUGGUACUGAGACGGCGGUUACUGGUGAGAGCAGGCUGCUGAAGGAAAUUCUCUGAAUGUUUGAGGGAUUGGGUCUUUGUGUCUGAUCAUUGGCUUCCAGCAAUCUUGGAGAAAAAUACAUUGUUCCUGCUUCUGAAGACUAUCCAGUGACUACACCAAAAGUUGUGAAAAGGACAGAACAAAAAUCCAACAUGUUCACUUGUGAUAUCUGUGGGCAAAGUGGCCUAUCAGAACCAGACAUGAGGACGCACAUUCUCUUUGUCCAUGAAGAAAAUGAGAAUAGCUGUCCAAUCUGCAACUUAUCUGGAAUCAGCUAUGAUGAAUUAAUAUUCCACAUAGAGACUUCUCAUGGUGAGGUGAAACCUUUACACGAUGGAAAGACAAUCUCUUCUAUUGAAGAAAAGGAUCCUGAUUCUUCACUUCGAAUCAAUAAAUGUCAUGAGUCUCCAGAACAAAAGGAGUUUAAAGUGAAUGGGAAGGCAGAGUCAAAACCAGAAGAACUUCAUAUGCCUUGCUCUGCAUCACCUUCUAACCGUGAGAGACUGUUUAAACAAAGCAGUAGAAAGAGAGAAUCUAGAAGAUUAAUACCAUCAGAAAAUUUCAACGGCAAGUUUUCAGGGACAAUUUGGUUUCAACCUGAGCAAAAACUAUCUGAUAAGAACCAUGAAGACAAUGAACUUUGUGGCAAAUCUGAUGAAUCUGUAAACUUUGGUUUCCCUGAAUGUCCUUUUUGUGGCCUGGUCGGAAGUUCAGGAGAAGACCUAAAUGAGCAUGUUAAAACCAAGCAUGCAGCAGUGUUGGAAACUCCUCAAAAAGAUUCUGCAAAGCAGAGACUGUAUUCGUGUCCCAUGUGCAAACUGGUAUUUGAAAAUUGGCAGAUACUUCAGGAACAUGUUGAGUUGCACUUAACUGAGAGUAGAGCUGAAGAACUUGCAUUGGCUGAUCGUCAGUUUGCUCAACAACUACAGGAAGAGGAGAAUAGACAAAGCAGGUCAUUUGAAAAAAAGAGAGAGCAAGAGGAAUUUCAAAAACUUCAGAAGCAGUAUGGAUUAGAUAAUCGUGGAGGAUACAAACAACAGAUGCUGCAGAAUAUGGAUAGGGCUGUUUGCCGAGGUGAAGUGAAUCCUGCAGACUACCAUCGAAGAAAAGCAGAAGUAAUGGAAGCAUUAGCAAUGGGAGAAGAUGAUGGCAGAACUAAGACACUGGGUCUAAUGAGGGUGCUAAAUGAGUAUUAUCAGAGAAAUGGCACAGAUAUAAAGCAUGUAUAUCUGUGUGCAGAAACAGAUCACUAUCAUUCCUCUGCAGGAGACAAAGGCUGGGGAUGUGGAUACCGAAACUUUCAAAUGCUUCUAUCAUCACUUAUGAAGAUGGAACCAUAUAAGGGCAACUUACAUGACCUUGUAAUUCCUUGCAUUCCAAAAAUCCAGACCAUGAUAGAAGAAGCAUGGAAGGAUGGCUUUGAUCCUCAAGGUGCUGCCUCUUUUGAAAACAAACUACAGGGCACUCGAGCUUGGAUUGGGGCAACAGAAAUCUAUUCUUUAUUAACCUUUCUAAGAAUAAAGUGUCAAAUUGUUGAUUUUCACCAGCCCACUGGACCAUCAGGCACACAUCCUCGUUUGUUUGAGAGGAUAAGGCAAUACUAUUCUUCAGGCAGGGAUGCAGCAUUACGAUUACAACCCAAGGUAAUAUGGACAAACAAACCACCAAUCUAUCUUCAGCAUCAAGGUCACAGUCGGACUAUUGUGGGCAUUGAAGAAAGGAACAAUGGAACACUUUGCCUUUUGAUUUUUGAUCCCGGCAAUCAAGAAAUGCAGAAAUUUCUGCGCAGUGAUGUGACUGGAAUGAAUCUUAAAAUGAUUCGUAGGUUUAUUGGGAGUAUGAAGCAUAAACAAUAUCAAAUAGUGGCAAUAAAUGGUCUUUUAUCAGUGGAAAAGAAAAAUACUCGUAAGCAUGCAUCUUCAGUGUUGACAGCAGAAAAGGUACCUUAGUGCAAUUCUCUGCACAAAUUCAACAUGCAGGAUAUCUUUCAGGUCCAUGUUCUUUACAUAUCCUUUUACCUGAGUCGCAUGUAAAUCUCAGUUCAUGAAUCUUUGCUCUUUUAUCUUUAAAUUGCAAAAAUGAUGAAUUUAAUGAGAUCUAAUAUAUUUCUUCUUAAUUUUAUGCAUUUCAUCUAACAUUGGGACUGUUGCCUAUGAUGGGUAAAAUGGGAUACAACUUGUCUGUUGCUAGUGUGCCACGUGCUGAUGAGCAUUUAUAAUAAUUGAUAAUAAUUUCACAAGUGUGGUUCAACAUCUGACUUAUUUAUGGUUUUGGUCUUAGUCCUGCCUUGUUCUCAAAUGGAAAUAUGAACAUUACUUUGAGUUCCCUUGUGUAGAUACAAGUAACAAAUUAGGCUAUAGAAAAUUGUGUCUCUAACAGCAAAGAGUAAAAGGCCCAUAUAACCAUCUCCCAGAUUGUUUCUGUGCAUGUUCUUUCACUCUUUUCUACCAUGUAAAUUAUUGCAAAUAAACAUACUUGAAAGUAUCCUUAAAGUUGAAAGUUAAUUUUCAUUGUAGUUAUACUUACAUAAAUAAACAUUUGCAUUAAUUCUACUUGAGAUUCUUACCAUCUUACCAUCUCCAGUAACCAGCAAUAUGUACUUCGGGUCUCGUCUUUCACGUGUUGACCUGUACAGUUAACCAUAUAUCUUUUAUGUUCACUAGAAAAUAUCGGUUGAUUGCCUUGUUGUCAAAUUACAGUUUUCAAUUGGUGAGAGUAAGUGCUGCAAGAUUUCUUGAUGUAAUUUGUU